AUGGGUCAUGGUGGUAUGAGUUAUCAAUUGAAAACUGUUCGUUUAAUAAUGAUAUUAGUUAAUGUAAUAUUUUUUUUGAUCGGUGCAAUAUUAUUAGGUGAAGGUAUUGAUCUUCUAGUUAGUGGACGUUUUCAGAAUUUUACAGAAUUUAUGUCAAAUGUUCAAAGUUCAAAUAAUACACAGAAGAAUGUUUUAUCUGAUGAAAUUUUGUAUAUAAUUAUGAUCAUUCCCGGUUUUAUACUUCUAUCAAUUGGAUUUUUUGGUUGUUCUGGUGCAUUAACUCAAAUGCAAUGUAUUUUAUUUACUUAUUCUUUUACUAUUGGAAUAAAUUUAAUAUUUCAAAUGAUAAUAAUUAUUAUUUUAAUUAUUUUUCCAUCUAAACUUAAAGAAAAUUUUAUAUUUAUAAUCCGUGUAUUAAUUCGUGAUCAAUACAAAGGACCACUUGAGAAAAAUCUUCAAUUAACAUCAUAUCUAUGGGAUUUAAUUAUGUAUCAGUUAAAAUGUUGUGGUAUAGAAAGUAAAAAUGAUUUUGAUAUAACAAAUAAUUGGGAUCGAACAAAUCCAUGGUGGACUAAUUCAAUGGCAAUUGAGAAUAAAAAUUUUAAAUAUCCAUUAACAUGUUGUCCAAUAAAUAAUAUUUCGAAUAAAAAUUGGCACUUAUCUCAGAAAGUUAUUUCAUGUGCUCUUCAGGGAAAUGAUAUUUAUGAAAUUGGUUGUUAUAAAAAACUUAUUGAUAUAUUUUAUUCAAGUCAAGUUACAAUUUUUAUUGUUAUUUCAUUUAUUAUUAUAAUCGAAAUGACUGCUUUAAUUUUUGUAUUAGUUAUCUAUAAUCGAAAUCAAAUGGAUAGAAUUCAUCAUAUCAUGGAAGAAUUACCACCACCAUAUCCUACGAGAACGAGAAUGAACAAUGCAAAUUUAUAUUUUCAAAUUUAA